UAAGCAGCAGUGCCAGUCAAAAGCAGGAAGGAGCAAUAAUUAUUAAAUAUUCCUGCUUUCCCAUUUUCAGCACUCCCUUUAUAAUAUGCAAGCCACCACUUACCGCACUUCCCAUUCCUUAGCAUUGUAAACUAUAUCUACUCUCUCUCAAACUACAAAUGUCUCAAAUCCAUGCAAAAUCCCCCCAACACUGUGCUAAAAAGAAACUUGUAAACAUCAACAAUCUUCACAAGAAGCUACUCUACACCUUCACCACCUUCUUCUCCUCAAUCCUCCUACUCAUACUCCUUGUCUGGUUCAUCCUCCAUCCCGCCAAACCACACUUCUCCCUUAAAGAAGCUGAUAUUUACCAACUUGUUGUCUCUGGAACUCACCUCCUCAACUCCUCCAUUCAACUCACCCUUCUCUCCACAAACCCAAACCAGAAAGUUGGCAUUUACUAUGAGGAGAUUCAGGUUUAUGCUUCCUACAAGGCACAACAGAUAACUCUUCAUUCAUAUCUUCCUCCUUUUUAUCAAGACCAUAAGGAUACCAAUCUACUAUCUGCUGCUUUGGUUGCCAAUUCCUUACCUGUGGCUCCAUCUUUCAAUUAUGAACUGGGUCGUGAUCAGACGGCUGGAAGAUUGGUUUUGAAUCUCAAGGCAAAUGGACUCCUCCGAUGGAAGGUGGGAACUUGGGUCUCUGGAAGAUAUAGGUUUUAUGUAAAUUGUGUUGCGGUUAUGGUUUUUGGUCCAUCUGCACCUGCAGGUCCAUUGACUUUUAAGCAAGGGACACAAUGUUCUACUACAAUUUGACAACUGAACCCUAUCAUUGCUAUCAACUAAGGUGUUCCAUUCGCAUAUAUAGAUUUAGAUGAUAUCUCUUGUUUUUCUGUCUCAACUGAUUGAAAGAUGCAAUAUAAAGGUGAUAUGUGAGGAAUCUUCACUCUUCUUACAUGUCAGUGGAUGUC